AUGACAGUCAGCAAUCUCCCCCGCAUCGCCUGCUUCCACGGCGGGGGCUCAACCGCCGCCAUCUACAAGGUCCAAUGCGAACAGCUCGCUCAUCUCCUCCAGAACGACUUCCAGCUCGUCUUCUUCGAAGGCCCCUUUGAGCGCAGCGCGGGACCAGGCGUUCUGCCCGUCUUCGCUGACUACGCGCCCUUCAGGUCGUGGUUUACGCAGGAUGAGCGCGGGGAGCGCGCCGAUGGGAGCGGGUACGACGCGUCCGGCAACGACGGGGUCAAGCGCGUGUGGAGAUUGAUGGAGGACGAGGGUCCAGGUGGCGAGUGGGUGGGGGCUAUGGGAUUCAGUCAAGGGUCGCGGAUGGCGGGGGGAUUAUUGCUGGAUCAGCAGCGGCGGGCUGCACUGGGGAUACCGAAGAAGACGCAUAUUGAGCUGUUGUUCGGGGUGCUGUGUAAUGGAGCGGGGGCGCCGAUGGAGUCGGAUGCUGCUGAAUAUGUGAACGCGAAGACGGAUGAAUCUCUCAACCGGGUCAGUUUGCCGACAGUGCAUGUCCAUGGGCUCAAAGAUCCGUUCUUGAUGCUGGGUCAGCAGCAGUUGGAGAACUACUACGAUCCGAGGACAGCGACUCUCUUCGAGGUGGACUAUCAUCAUGCCAUGCCAUGGGCGAGACACGAAGCCAAGCAGCUGGCAGAUCACAUCCGAACAAUCUACAAGAACACUAGAAGGCAAUGA